AUGGACGACAGAGAAGUUGAGCUGCAAUCUCGUACAAGGGAAGCUAUUGAAAGAAUCCUGGAUUUAAACAUGACUGAGGCUGAUCUCCAGCAAAUUUCUCCUCAAGACCAGCAUUUGGUAUGAAAAGUUUUAAUACUAGAUGACACGUCAAAUCUCUGCAUUGCUCCGCUAAUUCACUUAGGAAACCUCAGACUUCACAACAUUACAUUAUGCUUAAGGCUAAACGAGCCUAGAAAACAGCUACAAUCAGUCACAGCAGUUUACUUAAUAGAGCCUACAGUAGCAAAUAUCGGCCAAUUCAUAAAAGACUGCAAAAUGAAAUUGUAUGAUUUUUUCCAGAUUAAUUUUUUAUACCCUCCCAAACCUGUAAUAAUGCAAUCCUUAGCGUCUGGAUUGGUUGCGGAAAACUCCAUUUCGAGACUGCUAAAAGUAUAUGAGCAAUAUCUAAAAUAUAUCUUGCUAGAGGAGUCAUUAUUUAUGCUGAAUUCCCACUCGUUCGAAAGCUUGCAGCAGCCAGGGAUAAGUGACUAUGAAAUUGAGUCUAUGCUUGAAGACGUCGCUUUAGGUCUUUUUUCUGUGCUAAAAACAUGUAGGAUAUGGCCAAUCAUAAGAGCUGGCCGAGGGUUUAGUGAAAUAGUUGCAAAUAAGCUUGCAGAGCUGUGCUGGGAACACCCAGAUGACGUUUCUCACUUAUCAAGACCUUUGCUACUUAUUGUGGACAGAAGCAUUGAUUUUUCAGUGAUGUUCCAUCAUCCUUGGACUUAUCAAGCCUUGGCAUUUGACGUCUUCAAAAACAGCUUAAAUAAAAUAGUGAUCCCAGGAAACCCUCCAACCUUAUAUGAGCUUGACAAAUCCCGAGACUCUUUAUGAAAAGAGCAAAGCAGCAAUAAAUUUGGCGACGUCUUGCAAACCGUAGAUAAAGCUUUUAAAGAAUGAAAAGACCAAUAUGACCAGAUUGGGAACAAUAUAGCUGAAGCUUUUGACAAUGUCCCUGAAAUGGCUGAGAAAAAGUCACAAUUGGAUUUGCAUAUGAAUUUAGCUACAGCGUUGGUAGACCAAGUACAGUCAAGACAUUUAGACCAGUUUAAUCAAUUUGAAGAAAAAUUGAUGAGUGGGAAGUCAGCAAAUCUACAAGAAAUUCUUAAUAUGCAGCCAGCACCAACUGUAGAGGCUGAAGUUUGGGAAAAUGAUAAAUUAAGGAUACAGAUUAUUGCAUUUUUGAAUAAACUUGUAGAAGAAAUCCCUGAUAGCAGCUUGCAAGCUUAUUUAAGCAGCUUGAGAGGAGAAGUCGAGCAGCAGUCAACACUACAGUAUUUGUCAGGGUUUGCAGAAAAAGUCAAAGGUAAACUAAUGGGGCAUGAAAAAAUGCUCCCGAUGACGAAGCUUGUGCACUCGGUGAUGGAAAAUAAAGCUUAACUUAACUUAACUUAACUUAUUAACCAUGACGUUUAACGUCUCCUACGGGGUUGCUCUUCCAGGACUACCACCACGCUCUCGUCGCUCGGGGCCCACUAGUUGCUGGGACAGCUAACUUUGAUCUCCAACGUGCGCCUCCUGCGCGAUGUUCCGGCUUCGACGGCUCAUGAAUGAGCUACUUUCUCUGUAACGAAGGUUGCCUGCUAGGAAAUUCCAAAAAAUGGAAUUUCUGGCCGACUUUCGGCAAAAAGGAAAACUUGUAGCCCGGGGCGAAACUCCCGGUUUCUCGCUAGAAACUUGCCCGAAUGGCCUAGGAAUUACCUGUAGGCACUGCUGGGCUUCUCCUUUCCAACUCCAAGCCUCCUUUUCCUUCGAGGUAAAAUCCUAACCUGAGAACGGACUAGGAUCAGGCUCUGUACACUGCCAGAAUUGCUUACCUGAUAUUGCUGUCCAUCUCUAGCUAGGCAAAACCUUGCCGGAUAUAAUUAAAUAGGGCUCGAAACUGUCUGGCCGAAAGGCCAGACUCAAGUUGAGACGCCAUAUUUAAUUGAUGGAAAAUAAAGCAAAGGAAAAAGACUUGGAGUAUUAUGACUCAAUUCAUAGAAAUGGGCUUAAGUAUAAGAGAGAAUACACAGAAGCCAUUGUAUUUGUAGUGGGAGCAGGAAAUUAUGCUGAGUACCACAACUUGCUUCACUACGCACAAAAGUUUGAGAAAACAAUUGUGUAUGGCUCGACGGAUCUUCCAACACCUAAUCAAUUCUUAGAGCAACUUCAGCGUUUAUCUCAAUUAUAA